CAAUGGGCUACUUUCCAGGCCGAGCCAGACCGGCCUGUUGGCAGACUGAGCACCUAAGUCUCAAUGAAAUGUGAAUGUGAAUUUAAAUAAGGAAUUUCAGCCGAAGGACAACAAAUGCCCCAGGUGACUGUGAUGCGUGGGAAAGUUUGAGAGCUGCGGUUCUGAGACCAGAUCUGCAAUUUCUCCAUCCACUGCUGCCCCGGCCCCCUCUCCCAGGACAGAGGCCCAGGACUCAGGCUCCUAGAGGCAGCAUGUCAGGGGGGGCCGGCACCUUCCGCGAGGUCCCUGAAGAGGAACAGCAGCUGCGCGCCCAGCUGGAGCGGCUCACAACCAGGGACCACGGGCCUGUCUUUGGCCAGUGCAGCGAGCUGCCCCCACACACCUUGCAGAAGGCCAAGGACGAGCUGAACGAGAGGGAGGAGACGCGGGAGGAGGCGGUGCGGGCGCUGCGGGAGCUGGUGCGGGAGCAGGCGGCCUCCGGGCAGGAGCUGGCCCGCGCGGUGGCCGAGAAGGUGCGGGGCAGGGACAGCGCCUUCUUCCUGCGAUUCAUCCGCGCCCGCAAGUUCCACGUGGGGCGCGCCUACCAGCUGCUCAGAGGCUACGUGCACUUCCGGCUGCAGCACCCCGAGCUCUUCGACAGCCUGUCCCUGGAGGCCGUCCGCUGCACCGUGGAGGCCGGCUACCCCGGCGUCCUCUCCAGUCGGGACAAGUACGGCCGAGUGGUCAUGCUCUUCAACAUCGAGAACUGGGACUGCGAAGAAAUCACCUUUGACGAGAUCUUGCAGGCCUAUUGCUUCAUCCUGGAAAAGCUGCUGGAGAACGAAGAGACGCAGAUCAACGGCUUCUGCAUCGUGGAGAAUUUCCGGGGCUUUACGCUGCAGCAGGCUGCGGGGCUGCGGGCCGCCGACCUCAGGAAGAUGGUGGAUAUGCUCCAGGACUCCUUCCCAGCCCGGUUCAAGGCCAUCCACUUCAUCCACCAGCCCUGGUACUUCACCACCACCUACAACGUGGUGAGGCCCUUCCUGAAAAGCAAGCUGCUCCAGAGGGUCUUUGUCCACGGAGAUGACCUCUCCGGCUUCUUCCAGGAGGUGGACAAGGACAUCCUGCCCACCGACUUUGGGGGCUCCCUGCCCAAGUACGACGGCAAGGUGGUGGCUGAGCAGCUCUUCGGCCCGCGGGCUCACGCCGAGAACACGGCCUUCUGAGGACACUCCCGCCUCCGACCCAUAGUUAGCACCCCGGGGCCUCUCCCCAGUGCCCCGGAGCCAGAGGCUGGGAAAAGGGCUGCCGGGGGGGUGGGGGGGAGGCUGUGGUCCCUGACCCUCCCUGAGCUUGGGUGAGCUCAGGCAUCACCCUCCUCCUAA